UAGACAGAAUUAGACAGACGUACAUAGUCAGAACUCGUAAUGUAACGACGCAACCAGAAACUGUUCUGAGGAAUUUCUUUUUUACUGGUAGCAAGGAAAGUUCUGCACAGAAAGUAAGAAGAGAGUGAGAAUGUGCUUAGAGUGUAGGAAGGCCCGGUCCCGGGUGGCAGCUCAGAGCAGACGGGAGAAAGAAAGUCAGCUGUUCAGAGAAUUAUCAGCCCUGCUUCCCCUGGCUCCUUAUGAGGCAGAUCAGUUAGAUAAAGCCUCGAUCAUUAGAGUCACUAUCUCGUAUCUGCACCUCAGAGCUCUACUAGACAUUCCAGACUCCACAGCAGAGGAAUCUGUGAUGCAUCCGAUCUCAGAAACUCAGGGGGAGCUGCCAGAACCAAUCGAGAAGUGGUUUCUGGAAACACUUGAGGGAUUUCUGCUCUUAAUGUCCUUGUGUGGCAAGAUUAUCUUCAUCACAAAGGAUGUCGUCUCUCAUAUAGGAAUUAAACAGAUGGAUUUGAUUGGCCGGAGUUUGUUCGAUUUCAUUCAUCCCUCUGAUCACAAGGAGAUCAAAGAAAUACUUACAAGGAUAAUAGGGAGAGAAGACCAAGAGAAAUGUGAGGUUUUCUUGCGAAUCAAAGGUGCAGUCAAAAACAUGCUGACUCCUUGGCAGGUGAUUCAUUGCACUGGAAACAAAAAGUCGUCAUCUUUUCAGGGAACCAGCUAUCUGCUUCUCCUGUGCAGAUCAUUACCUGUGCAAAAAAUCAUUGAGAUGGAAGCUCAUCUGAAUUUCAAAACAUUCCUGAGCAUCCAUGAGCCAGAUAUGAAGUUCACCUACUGCCAUUCUGGGGUCUUGGAACUGACGGGCUUCAGUGACAUUGAGCUGUACGGUCAGUCUGUAUACCAGUACUAUCAUCCAUCAGACUGCCAGCAUAUCUUCAAGGCACACCUCUGUUUGUUCUCAAAAGGCCAGGUGUACACUGGAAAGUAUCGUCUCCUACAGAAGCACGGCGGCUACGUUUGGGUAGAGACGGAUGCCACAGUUGUGUAUGACGUUCGCACAGGAAAGCCAGAGAGAAUCGUGUGCAUCAACUAUAUUCUAAGUGGAGUCGAGUUUCCAGAUGUGGUGCUUUCACUGGAACAGACGCAGUGCCUGCUGAAUUCCUUACAGCCACCAAACACUACAGGGACACAUAAUGAGACCAAUCAAGUAACAUCUACAACCACUGGCGAGAGAACCAGCUUUGUGGCCUCUCCGUGUGAAAGUGACCGACAAACCAACAGUUAUACUGAGAUUCUGCAAAGGACUGCUUUGUGCGGCUCAUUUUCUGACGAUGUGUAUGACCUGGAUUUGGAAAGUCUAGCCCCCUACAUUCCCACACAUGAGGAGGACUUCCAUUUAACUCCUUAUUUAGAUGGAGUAGCCCACGAUUCAGUAUUAAGCAGACAUCCACACUUUCUCAGUGAGACAUGGUUAACUCUGGACCAAAAGCUGCACACAGAUUCAGAAGCAGUCUGUUUCCACAGGUUAAACAAGAAUCCUAUGCUUAUUUCAUCAAGCCAGUGUCAAGAUAUAGCACACACAGUGAAUACAAAACAGGAGCAACUCAAGAGUCAAAUCUCGGUUCCUGAAAGAAAGACUAACCACUGGACAGAUGUCUCUCAACAUCUCACAAAAAUGUCCUCAGAAAACUUUGAUGAAAGAGAGGUCUGGAAAUGGAGCCCGGGUUACGCAGAGCCAGUGCAUUUAGCCUACAAAUAUGCCGAGCUCUCAUGGUGUCCUCAGGGGUCUUCAGUGCAAGAUAGCAACCACAACACAGAGGAAACGCCCUCAGUGUUAAUCAGCUUGCCUGUACUGAGCAGGUGGGAAUGUGAAGUGAAUGCACCUCUGGGACCAACUUCACGCUUGCUUCAAGGGACUGAACUCACCAAUGUUCUCGAUCAGGUCACUUCAGGAGUGUGCUGGUUUUGAUUUCUAAAAUGUGCUUAGAGUCUGAUGUCUACAUUACAGUUACAUUAAGGGGGAUUCCACAAUUAAGGUGUAUUUGUGUAUUACUGAAAUCCCACUUACAGCCCACUGUAAUUACACCGAACCCUGAAAUGUCAUUAGCUAAGUACUUUACAAAAAAUUGUUUUGACAUUAAUGUGUAAAUCCCUCAUUCAGCCAUAACAGGUUCACGGAACACAUUCAACCCAAUGAAAUUUCUAGAAUAUUCCACAGCUCAAACCUUCAACAGGAAGUUGCAUCAACCUAAUUCUCUGUAUAUUACAGGAAUAAGAAAAUUAAGUUUGACUUUUUAACGAUAUUGUUAUAGUUUUCGGUAAGAAGUAGCAUUUUGAUGCAAAUUACAGAUUGAAAGUACAUCACUAAAAAAAAAAUCAUCUUAAACGUCAUUCAAAUGUCUUUAAUUCUACCAUUAGUACAAAUUUGCUUAUUCAGUGCCAAAAUUCAAACUUUUUUUCUAAAAAAUGGCAAAUGAUAUACUUGGAAAAGGUUUUAAAAAUUUCAAGGGCAGAAUUGCACCAUAUAUGUGGAAUCAAAUAAACUUGCUGUAUUUUAAGUCUUAUUUUAUGUAAUCAAUGUUUAGCAUAUAUUAGGUUUAGUGAAUUUUAUAAAUUUUUUAUGUAUUUUGUGUUGUCAUGUGCUAUAUAUUAGUGAAUUUCUCAGAAUUCGCAUUUUUGCACGGAUGUGCAUGUCAGAAUAUUAUAAUGAUGAAAAUAAAUAUAUUUA